UUUCUCUCUGGAAUGUCACCCUAGCACUUAGAUUUCUUCUCAAUCUGUUACUUACACCCACUUUACAAAAUAAGGACUGUUGGUCGGGAGAAGGGUUAUACUUGUCAAAAGGACUCCUCAUGGUUAACUGGGCCCAAAUUCAUAUUCCCAGUCUAGUAGCCAUUGUUUACAGAGCCCCCACCCCCACCCCCACACAGAGCUGCAUUGCUGCAUUGCUGCACUGCUACAUUGCUGUAUUGCUGCAGUUCAGGGAAAAGCCACAGACUGGGAUGCCAAGACUUCUACACAGUGUUCCUGCCUACUAAAGCUCGCCUGUAUAAAGGACUUCUUGGAAUGUAUUUUGACCAAUGGGCUGAGACCAGCCCCAUCCAAUCAGAGCUGCACAGUUUUAUACUCAUUUGCAUCUUUACUGACCAAUCAGAGUGGCUCCAUAACGACCAAUCAGGACAUGUGAUUCCAACCAAUCAGGACAUUGCCGUUUGGACCAAUCAAACUUAAAAUUUGGAUCUUUCUUUGCAUAAAAAUAGACAGAUGGGGACCAGGGCAGGCACUUUCUCUAUGUAAGUGGGCCUCCGCUUUGUCUUGGAGAAGCACACUUUCGGUUUCCUCUGAGUUUCCUCAGUUUCCCUGAAUAAAAUCUUGACUUUUACUGCACCCUGGAUUGAGGAUUCCUGUUGUCCUUGGAUUAGUGGCAGUAACAUUUUGUUGACAAGACAAAAUGCACCAAUGCAGGUCACAGCACUCGCAGGAUGGAGGAAGGCCCUGCGGGGCACCAGAGUCCCCUCUGGUCCCUGUGCACAGAGCCUGGGCCCUCCCUCUACCAGCUGUAGAACUACCUCCACCCAUUCCGGUUGUGACUUCACAGAUCGGCGAGUUCCACAGUAUCCUGGCUGAGGAUUUCAGGAGGUUUCCUUCUCUCUAGUGGUGUCCAGACCAUGGUAAAGCUGAGAGGAGCAGGGGCCCUCUUAUUUGUCCUCUUCCUGGACUGUUGGCAGUGUGCAGACAUGCAUCAGCCUUUCCCACCGGUCGAAGGGUCAAAUGCUGACCGUUCACCAAGUUCAAAAAAUCUGGAGGAAGGUAUGGCUAAAAUAUUUGAUGAAAUUCUCCUGCAAGUUUUUUCCAGUAUUACCUUUGAUGAGUCAAGAAGAACAGCAGGCAAAUCAAUGACAAAGAGAGCCACAGAAGAAAGGUCAAAUGCUGACCGUUCACCAAGUUCAAAAAAUCUGGAGGAAGGUAUGGCUAAAAUAUUUGAUGAAAUUCUCCUGCAGAUGUUUUCCAAUGUUCCCUUUCAUGAGACAAGAAGAACAGCAGGCAAAUCAAUGACAAGGAGAGCCAUGGAAGAAAAAAAUAAUCCCACAAAUGAUGAAAACCAUAACCCACCACAUGUGGAAAACAUUCUUCAAACUCUCCAAAGAACCGUAGGUCACAUUUCAGAGGAGAGGAAGAGGAAGGCACCCUCUCUAUUCAACAGGGCUGUAAGCGAGCCGUUAACUACAGUGGAUCAAGGAAGAGUAAAGCCAGAUACUCUCCGGCAAACAUAACGUAUAACAUUUUCAUAAUGAACGGAAAGACUUGGUGGCAAAAGUCUCAAGAAAAGGACUCCAAAAAGUUUGCAGGAAAGCAGAAACAGCUGAACUGCGAUUCCUGUGUCUAGGCCGCGCGGGCAGCCCAAGCGCCUGGGAGCUGUGAGGCCCAGCUAGUCUCUAGCCACACCCCUGAGAGGCCCCUGGAUUUCUGGCUGUGCGGUGUGCUCUGCAUGCGUACCUUGGGCGGACCAAGAGAAAACACCUUAUCCCGGGAUGCUUACAGUGGAAUGGGACUGUGACAGCAGGGGACCUAGCA